AAUGACUAAUAUUUUAUUAUUUAUUCACUUUUAUUUAUUAACCCAAAUGGCCCCUCUAAUUUCAUCUAUUGGAUAUGGGUUUUCUGUGGGUCAAUCACCUUGGGGAGGCUUAGAAAGUAGAGAAGGAGCAGUUUGCAAUUAUGUUAGUAAAUAUGGUAUUCAGAUGAAUUUAAGUCAUGAAUUAAUAGCGGAAUUGGAAUGGAAACCUGGCAAAACUAAACGAAGCACACCACCAACAACUAUGUUAGAGUGGGAUGAACGGGUUCAACUUAAUUAUAAUCAUCUGGAAAAGCCUCAGAAAAAUUGUUCUGACGAGCAUUGGAUUUUAGAACAUUUAUUAAAGGAUUAUGAUAAAUUUAGAAUUCCAGGGGAAGGAAAUGUACGUGUUGAAGUUGAGAUUUGGGUCCAGGAAGUGUCAAAAAUUAUUGAAAUUACGAGUGAAUUCGAAUUGGAUAUUUACGUCACUGAAUGGUGGCUGGAUUCGAGAUUGGCCUUUUCCCAUCUUAAUCCUUGCAAGAAGAAUAUGUCGGUGGAUGGUGCACGAGUAUUACCUGAAAUUUGGAAUCCUUUAGGGUGUUUUGUAAACAGUAAAGACGCUACAGUUCAUAAAAGUCCUUUCAGCAACAUUUUUCUACAAUUAAUAAAAUUGACUGGACCUUGCUCUAAUACAUUCAAUCGCUUUCCGAUUGAUCAACAAAGGUGUAUGCUCUUCUAUGAGUCGUUUAACCAUAAUUAUGAGCAAGUCCAAAUGGAAUGGACAAUGUCUCCAAUUAUUUUGCUGAAACCUAAUAUAACUUUGCCAGAUUAUGUUUUGGUUGACUUUAAGGCUUCCAGUGUUAAAAGACUUUACCCACCCGGUAUAUGGAAUGAAUUAGUAGCCACAUUUACUUUCAAGAGACUAUAUGGUUUCUAUAUUCUUCAGGUCAUCUAG